UUUAUACGAGAUGGUUAUGAACCACACCCCCAUUGAAAACCACUGCAUGAGAUACAACAUCAAAUUUCAAGAAAUUGACUUUUAUGGUAAGAUUGUAGUUCUUCUUAACUGCACUUAUUACAUUCCAAAUGUCUUCCCAGAAGAUCUAAAAAGGGCUUUGGAAGAUUUUCUGCAAAGAGAUCCUAUUAAAAGACUAGGAUACAAAGACAAUUUAGAAGAUUUCAAGAAUCAUCCGUUUUUCAGCAGCAUUGAGUGGGAUAAACUGCAGCAAGAACAUUUGGAUAUGCUGACGAUUAAUGCCACAUGUAAAAUCGUAAUACCAGCAUAG